CUGCGCGUCCUUGUCUGUCAGCUGUGAUGUAGCUUGUCCUCCUAGCGCUCGCGCGCACACUCACUCACGCAGGCGUUUCUGUUGCCAAAGCACCGGGUUGGAAACAUACAGGAACUGCGUAGUCAGGGGGAGCCGCAGCAGCAUCGGCGGCAGGAGGAGGAGGAGGAGGAGAAAGAGGAGGAAGGAGUUUACGGCCACACUAAAGUCCGCUAUCAGCCGCCGAAAGCUGGCAGCGCGAGCCGGGUGGGGGGACGCUGAUAGAGGGGAGAGGCAGAUCGAAGGGGAGGGGGUCAGGCGGCGUACACGGAGACUCCCUCCUCGGUGUCGGUGGUGACGGAGGGAGAGACGGCCGAGCCAGCUGAGCCGGAGCCAUGGAUCCAGCAUCGGGCGCCCCGCGCUGUUGUGCGUGAGACCCCCCGUCCUGCGAGGGACACCUGUCACCCAGUCAGCUGGCACCAUGAUCCCACGUAACAUGCGAGCAGGUGGUUAUGAGCUUCCAGGGGUGGAGUCAAGAGAAGUGCCUCUCAUUGGCUACCGACCGCUGUCACCUGACAGUGGAACCCCAAGCAGCCUCUCAGGGAGGAGGGGAGCCAGCGAUGACCUGGAAACUUCACAGGCAGAGCUGUCACCGAUGAAGACCACCUGGUACUGUCCCCUCGAUUUGUCCACAGUUGCAGAGGAAGAGGAUGACGGCGUGAUCUACACAGUGGUGGUCAAACAGCACGGUGUCCCCCACGGUCCGACACCGGCCGUUUUUCGUUCUCAGUGCGUGAAAGCGGGGACGGAGGAGAAGCUGGUGCUCCACCUCCUCCACUCGUUUUCGCUGGGGGACUCCUCCUACAUCACCAUCUUCCUCUCCACAUACCGAUCCUUCACCUCCACCGAGCGAGUGCUGGGCAUCCUCACUGACAGAUUAGAGAAUCCACCCGGCGACAGCGAGCGAAGCCACAUCAGACAGGCUUUCAACAAAGCGGUGUGCACCGUCUUCAGGACGUGGCUGUCCGAGUAUCCUGAAGACUUCCACAGUCUGGGAAAUCCCACCUGUCUGCUCCGCUUGGCUCCACUCCUCCCUCAGGACUCAUCAUCUGCAGCUGACCUCCGUGCCCAGCUCCUGAGGAUCGCAGAGGAGCUCAGCGAGAAAGCCCUGCUCCUCGACUCCCGCAGAGCUUUGUUUGCAGAUCGGUCCAGUUUCGACAGCCCCCCUCCCAACCCGUCCUUGUUUGAACCCACCAGCAUCCUGGGGUUUCCUUCGUCGCUCAUCGCCGAGCAGCUCACCAAGAUAGAAACGGAGCUGUUUGUCCGUCUGGUCCCGUACCACUGUCUCGGCUCUCUGUGGUCUCAGCGGGACAAGAAGGGCAGAGAGGGCGUUUGUUGGUCCGUCCGGGCCACCGUGCGUCAAUUCAACAAGCUGGCUAACGCCGUUUUAGCCUCCUGUCUUUGGCCCACAACGCUGCGCAGCCAGCAGAGGGCGCGGCUGCUGGAGAAGUGGAUCGGCGUGGCAGAGGAGUGCAGAGCCAGGAAGAACUUCUCCUCGCUGUACGCCGUCGUUUCGGCGCUGAAGAGUAACCCCAUCCACCGGCUGAGGAGAACGUGGCACGACACCGACAGAGAGGCCUUGAGGAGAUACGAGGAGCUGGCAGAGAUUUUCUCCGACAAGGACAACUACUCACAGACGCGGGAGCUGCUGAAGGAGGAGGGAACAUCGAAGUUCGCCAAUCUUGACAACAGGCUUAACAACAGACACGUUACCCGGUCCAACGCUCAGGGCACCGUGCCAUACCUGGGAAUCUUCCUGACCGACCUCACCAUGCUGGACACGGCCGUCAAAGACCGCCUGGAUAAUGGCUACAUCAACUUUGACAAAAGGAGAAGGGAGUUUGAGGUUUUAGCUCAGAUCCGCCUCCUACAGUCUUCCUGCAAAAACUGUGUCUUCGUCAGUGAUGAGGCCUUCAUGCAGUGGUACCACAGCGUGCCCACGCUCACUGAGGAGCAGAGCUACAGGCUUUCCAAUGAAAUCGAACCUGUGGAGCAGAGCCCCCGCUGCCUGGCCCCCGCUGUCAUCAUCACACAGUGUCCAGAUUUGAGCACGUCCCGGGGCAGCCUGUCUGGCGAUGGCGAGGGUUUCUUUGACUUUCACUCCCCGGUCAAUAACCUCCUCUCCAAACUCACAAAGCACAUGAGGUCUCCCUCUGUAUCCUGUCUGGAUGUCGACACAUCGCCUCCAACUAAUGACUCCACCCCCGCCUCCCUCACUCCAUCCACCCCCACAAAGUCUCACCGGAGAUCCGCCUCCUGCGGCACCACUCCCAUCGCCAGCGUCCAGGGGUCAGGGCCCGAGAUACGGAUCAUCAAGAUUCGGAUGGAGCUGCAUGAUGGAAACUUGUACCGAAGCAUUCUGGUUACCAGCAAUGACAAGACCCCCACUGUGGUCAGCUCUGCCUUAGAGAAGCACAAUCAGGACCCCAAACAGGCAUCAAGAUUCGAGCUGAUCCAGCUCCUGCCUGAAGGAAAAGAACUCAUCAUCCCGCCCACAGGAAACGUCUUCUACGCCAUGUCCUCAUCCAGCGUUGACUUCCUGUUGAGAAGCAAAGGUGGGAACAGUCCCUUUUGCUCGCCGUCAAUCAGCCCAGAGACCAGCGCCACCUUUCCUCGGAUCAAGGCCAAGGGGCGGAGACUGGUCCGGAACUUAUUUUGACGAAAGCUUCAUCCUCAGCCACAGAUUGUUUUUCAUUGAACACAUAAAUCUGCCAAAAACACCAAAAACAAGGGGUUUGACGGUGUGCUGAGUCGGCGCUCCUGAACAAUAUGCACCACUAUUUCCCAGUGGGAAGCAGGUGCUGGUUUCCACAUCCCUGUUCGUUUUGCUUUUCAAAUUCCUGAUCGGAGAGGAGCUUGGAGUUUCCCGCGUGGCAGUAAAGCGCUGCUGUAUGCAGAUGAGUCAUGUUUUGUAUAUAUUUCUAUAUGUCUGUAUGACGUCAGUGUUGUGUUUACACUGACAGAGAGCUCCAGCUUCCUGGUUGACAAGUAAAAAAAAAAGCAUAAGUGCAAAAACAAAGUGGAUUCUUUUAACCCUCCAUCUCAGCUAAAGGCUGCUCUUAUCACUGUUUGAUGGAGAAUGGCGCCAAGGAUUUGACCAAAUCUGCUGCUCUGUGAAGCAUUUUUUUUUUCACCCCUGAAACCAUAAUUGUCUUUAAAAGCUUCAUGUCCAACAAUUUAGAGAGAAAAAAAUUUAUCGGUAGAUGAUGUCAGACAUUUAAAAAGAUGUGAUAAAACACUGAAAAGUUGAAAGUUUAGCAGGAAAUAUUGAAUUAUUGCAGCUUUGAAAAAGCACUUUAAAAUAUUUGGCUUCGCUUUAAGCUCACAGCUAAACCCCCAAAACAUGUUUUUUUUUUACACCUGAAGGGUUAACUGAGCAUCAGCUAAGCCUCCAUUUCCCAUCAGCCUCAGCUCCAUUUUCACGGGGUGAGAUCUGAACCCGAACAGACGAAUCCUGUGACCCCAGGUCAGCCCGCUUGGAGCUGAUGAGGCCGCUCGAUCGGCUGAAGCGCAGGCAUUUGCAGGACCGGGAGAGGAUUCUGGGUAAUGCUGAUGAUCUUUGCCUUGCUACUGACUGUUUUAGUGCCUUCCUCCUUUGGGUGCUCACCUUUGUCAUGUGCUGAAUGUACACGUGGAGGAAAUGCCGCCGCCUCCAGCGCUGUUGUUUGACAUCAAUGCUAUUUAUGCACUACAUACAGGAUGUCCUAUUUUUGUGGUAAUAAAUUUACUUUCAUAUGAA